GUACUCAUCGAAACAUUAGUGGCCUUAGGGGCGACUGUUCGCUGGUCCGCCUGUAAUAUAUAUUCAACUCAGAACACUAUCGCCGCAGCUCUCGCUGAAAAUGGCAUGCCGGUGUUCGCUUGGAAGGGUGAGUCCGAACAGGACUUCUGGUGGUGUAUCGAUCAGUGCGUUAGCAGCGAGUCCUGGCAGCCAAAUAUGAUCUUAGACGACGGCGGGGACGCCACUCAUCUGCUGCUGAAGCGAUAUCCGGCCGCUUCUAAUCUCAUUAAAGGCAUCGUCGAGGAGAGCGUGACGGGUGUGCACCGGCUCUACCAGCUGUCCAAAGCCGGGAAGCUAACGGUGCCCGCCAUGAACGUGAACGACUCGGUCACGAAGACCAAGUUCGAUAACCUAUACUGUCCUCGAGAGACAAUAGUCGACGCAUUAAAGCGAACCACAGAUGUAAUGCUCGGCGGAAAGCAAGUCCUGAUCUGCGGUUAUGGAGAGGUAGGCAAGGGAUGUGCCGCCGCUCUCAAAGGCGUCGGUGCUAUCGUCUACGUGACCGAAAUCGAUCCGAUUUGUGCCCUUCAGUGUUGUAUGGAUGGCUUUAAAGUGGUGACAAUCAACGAUGUCAUACGACAAGCGGAUAUCCUAAUCACUGCCACUGGGAACAAAGAUGUGGUGAUUCGCGAGCACAUGGACCGCAUGAAGACUGGCGCCAUUAUCUGUAAUAUGGGUCACUCCAACACUGAGAUCGAUGUGCAAAGUCUACGUACGCCUGACCUAACCUGGGAAAAGGUCAGAUCGCAAGUGGACUCAAUCGUAUGGCCCGAUGGCAAACGUAUAUCACUUUUAGCCGAAGGCCGUCUGGUAAACCUGAGCUGUUCGGCGAUACCAUCGUUUGUCGUGUCCAUCACUGCCACCACACAGGCGUUGGCACUCAUAGAGCUGUUCAACGCUCCCUCCGGAAGAUAUAAAUCAGACGUUUAUCUCUUACCAAAGAAAAUGGAUGAAUACGUGGCGAGUCUUCAUUUGCCUACAUUUGACGCUCACCUCACGGAACUGACCGAUGAGCAGGCGAAGUAUAUGGGCCUCCAAAAGACCGGUCCCUUUAAGCCUCAGUAUUAUAGAUAUUAAUGGGAGAGAGAGAGAGAGAAAUCUGUCGACGAGUUUACAAUCAUUCCUGAAAUUCCGGUUUUAAUUUUAGUCAAAUUUUGUUGUAAUGUUUUUUAAAUUUUGUUUUCUUGAGCUCUUAUUUAUAUUUAUUAUAUUUUAAUUCAUCGAGAUAAAUCAUCUACAAAAUAACUGCACAAAAAAAUGUUUGAAUUUUACUUUGAUCUUUAAGAAUACAUUUUUUUAUAUACAAAAAACUAUACCGUA